AUGGAGCAAAAUACGUGUUUAUUUUCUAUAUCUGCAUGUAUGUUACUCACCUUCUUUUAUGUAGCAAGUUUAUAUGUUUGGAGGUCUACACUUAGCAGGGACCAUCCAACUACCAUCAAAAGAAGAUUUUUUAGUGUUUUCUGUGUGAUGCUGCUGGCACCAUUCCUGACACAGUAUUUUCUAACAGAAGAAACUAUAAAUAGAGGGAACAUGUACGAGCAGUUAGGACUUCGAAGUUCUGGGCUGAUCACUGCUAUGGUGGCUCCCUUGUUUCUUACAGCUGUUUUGUUUUUGGGGCCCUUGACCAUGCAUGUUCUGUCUGGAUCAUGGAAAUUGUAUGCAGAGCCAUUGUACUGGGUUUCCAGCUGGCAAGACCUGGCAUGGGUCCGGAACCACUUCAUGGCCCCCCUAAGUGAGGAGUGGGUAUUCCGAGCCUGUAUGAUGCCACUGCUCAUGCAGUGCUUGGAACCUUUAACAGCAGUGUUCACAGGGCCUUUACUUUUUGGCAUAGCUCAUUUCCAUCAUAUGUUGGAAAGAAUGAGGAGUGGAUAUGAUUUUAAAACUGCAUUAAUGAUCUCUACAUUCCAAUUCACAUAUACUAGUCUGUUUGGUGCUUAUUCUGCGUAUCUAUUUGCUAGGACAGGUCACUUUGUAGCCCCACUCGUAGCGCAUAUAUUCUGCAACCACAUGGGCUUUCCUAACUUUGCCGAGGUGGGGCAGUUUCCUAUGCUUCAAAGAGUGGUAAUUGUAUGCUGUUUCCUCUUAGGAUUUAUUUUAUGGUGCCUGCUUCUUACACGAUUGACAAGCCCGGAAAUCUUUGAUAAUCGAUUAUAUUGGGAAACUUGAGAUGUAUGUACUUAAAUUCUAUUUUGUUUUCUUUUUGAUCAAUGACAAAGUAUUUUUUUUUAGUUUGAAUGAAAAUCAUCACAACCAAUUUGAUCUCUUAGCAAAAAAAAAAUGAUACAUAAUCAUUUAAAAUCAAAAUGUACGUACCAAGUGCAAUAAUCACAUUAAUAUAAUAAAAAAAACAUUUAUUAUGUAUAAUCUUUUGAAAAUCUAAUCUAGCUCAUGACUAGUAUUACUACCUAAUAUUUAAUUUUGUUCUUUGAGAGUCUUAUGUUUGAUGAAUGCUAGAUGUUGGUUUAAACUGAUCCUUUCCUCAAAUAGGACUUAGGUUCUAGGUGUGGUAAAUAGUCAUAAGUUUAAAGCACUUUAAGGUACUUGUCACAAUGAAGUCCUUUGAUUGCUCAGCAACUUAGUGGAAGGCUCACUUUGACGAGAGCUUGCAAUGAUUUAAUUUUUUCUGAUUGCAUGACAAUAAGUUUGUAAUUGAGCAGUCAGGGUAAUAAACUGACUCUAAUUUAUUAAAUACCUACUUAUUAUCCAUGAGCAUACAGCAUUACUUAAAAUGCUGUAAGAAUUAAGAUAAAGUAUUGUUUUUUGUAAUUUUAUUUUGAUUUUAUAUUUUUGUUUAGUGAAAAUAUGUUGACAUUUGUGUGGUUUAUUUUAUUUAUUAUGUUGUAGUGCACCAAGAACAUUAUUUUAACUAAGCGUUCGCACCCUUAAUUUGUGCCAUCCUUAAAAUUUAAGUAUUUAAAAAGAACCACUUAAAUGUACAAGUUUAUACAAUACGUAAUAUUCACGGUUUAGACAGUGUUUGUUGCACGCGUAGGUAUAUUGUAACAAAUUGCCUCACUAGUCAAUUGAUAGGAUAUUGUUUAAAUUAUUUAGUUAAGUUUAGAUCGUAAACAACGAUGGUGAUAAGAUUGAAGUCAUAUAAGUCGGCGGAAAAUAACUAAAUAAGCAAAUAAAAAUGGAUUCCUAAUAAACAUAUUUUAUCAAGCUGUAGUUGAGCCGUUUGAAAGUAGGUACGCUCUCUAAGCUCUCUUUGCUUCAGCGAAUUCUAUUUUUCAGAUACUAAAUAUUAGGUACGUCCAGGUAAUAAUCAUACUUCAUAAUUUAUAUUCAUAAUAAUAUCUUUAUCACUGACCAUUUCACUAAAUAGUUUUAAACAUCCUUGUAUUUUUCAAAAUGUAUGGAUUCUUCAUCUCGUAAAAU